AUGGACAGCGACAUCCCCUUAACUCAAGUCCGGAGCAAUGCCAGCUCAACCGGUGCUAGGAAACCCAACCAAGGCACUGCUACUGGCUUCAGCAUGGAAUCGAAGAACACCGAAGAAAAUGAGAAGCGUGGCUUCUUCCAUCGUGGUCGAAGGCAGGCUAAGAAGGACAGUCCUUCCGGGGAAAAUGAUAACCUAACUUCCGACGAGGCGUCUCUCAAUGCCAUGGGGAAACUCUACAACAAGAUAAUUGGCGCCUCGGUCGUCACGAGAUAUCUCGUGUAUAUCGUCCCCGUUGCGCUCCUCCUUGCUGUCCCUCUAAUCGUCAUCCCGGCGACGGGAAAUAGGUACAGCAUUGAGGUUGGUCAUGGCCCGCGAACGAACGCCUUGACCGAGGCCGUUGCGGUCUACGCCCCUGGACCACAGCUCUUCAACCUUUUCCUCUGGAUCGAGCUUGCGUGGUUGAGCUUAUGGGUCGGCAAGGUCGUUGCCCACCUCCUACCACCCGUCUUCAUGUUUUUCACUGGUGUUGUCAGUGCCGGAACCCGCAAGUAUGCAAUUGUUAUCCGCGCUCUGGAGAUUCCGCUCUCGCUCUUCUUCUGGGCCAUGGCUACAUUCUUUAUAUUCACGGGCCUUAUCAACACGAAUUUCAACGACGUUAGCUGGGUUAUUGCAAUUCGAAGGAUUCUCGGUGCACUCUUCGCUUCUUCGGCCGUCUUCCUCGUCGAGAAGACCAUUAUCCAACUCAUUAGCGUAACGUACCAUCAGCGAUCUUUUGCCAACCGGAUAAAGGACUCGAAACGAGAAGUUUUCCUACUGGGACUGAUGUACGACGCAUCUCGACAGCUAUUUCCUAUGUACUGCCCUGAAUUCAUCGAGGAAGAUGAGCUUAUCAACGAUAGUAUCGAGAUAAUGCUCGCCGGCGGGAAGAAAGGUAGAAGAAAUAAGAAGGGCGGAGCAGUCACGCCCAUGAAAUUAAUCGGGAAUGUGGGACGAAUCGGCGACAAAGUUACCUCUGUGUUUGGAAACCUAGCUUCCGAGAUCACUGGCAAGCAGGUCUUCAACCCGAACUCCGCCCACUCGAUUGUUGUGGAAGCCCUCGAAAAAGCCCGAACCUCAGAAGCUCUUGCGAAACGUAUUUGGAUGUCGUUCGUUGUGGAAGGCAACGAUGCUCUUUAUGUGGAUGAUAUCAUCGAAGUGCUCGGCCCUGGACACCGUGACGAAGCUGAAGAAUGCUUCGCUGCCAUUGAUGCUGACUCAAACGGCGACAUCAGUCUUGACGAGAUGAUCAGAAAGGUGGUUGAGACUGGAAAAGAAAGGAAGGCUAUAGGGAACAGCAUGAAGGACAUUAGCCAAGCUUUGGCUGUGUUCGACCAGGUCCUUCUCUUCAUUGUCCUUCUGAUCGUCAUUUUCAUCUUCCUGGCUUUCUUCCAGAGUUCGUUCAUUACCACGCUCGCUACUGCCGGUACGGCCUUACUCUCGUUGUCUUUCGUCUUCGCCGUCACGACUCAAGAAUUUCUGGGUUCUUGUAUCUUCCUAUUCGUCAAGCACCCUUACGAUGUGGGAGACAGAGUCGACAUUGCAGGCUCGGAGAAAGAGCAGUUGGUCGUCGAGAAGAUUUCCCUGCUUUACACUGUCUUCAACCGUAUCGACAAGAUGCAGGUCGUCCAGGUGCCAAACAUUGUUUUAAACAAUCUUUGGAUUGAGAACGUGACCCGAAGUAAAGCUAUGAAAGAAGUUAUCGACAUCAAUGUUUCGUAUGAUACCUCCUUUGAGGAUAUUGAGCUUCUGCGACUUGAAAUGGAGAAAUUCGUGCGCGCGCCGGAGAAUUCGCGUGACUUCCAGCCGGACAUUGUCAUCGGAGUGGCAGGCGUUGGCGACUUGGACAAGCUUCAGCUGAAAAUUGCUAUCAAGCACAAGUCAAACUGGCAUAAUGAGGCUAUCCGUGCCACUCGACGCUCUAAGUUCAUGUGUGCGCUUACGCUUGCCCUGAAGCGAGUACCAAUCUACGCACCUGGUGGUGGCGGUGAACCGCUAGGCGGACCGACGAACCCAUCAUACUCUGUUGCUGUGACGGACUCGGACGCUUCUGCUGCUCGUGACAAGGCUAGCAAGGAAAAAGAAGGAAAGAGAAUGGUGCCAACAUCCUCAACGCCAGCCAGGAACCCUUCGACAUCCAACAAAACCGGUGUCCCCGAGGAACGCGAGGCGAAGGCUGCCCACGAUUUUAAUGCCAUUAACCCCGCAAAAGCGGCGGCAGAUGAAUGGGGCUAUAAUCGCGAAGAGUCCCCAAGGAACUCUCGCGAAGAGUCUAUGGACCGACAACGUUCGAAUGAUUUAGAUUCGAUACGCUUGGACCUCCAUAAGCGGGAGAGUCAGCGCAGCGGUGGCCGUCGUAGAGCAGGUGAAACUUUACCUCCGCAGCUCCCGGGCGAGAACACCCCAGGCUUUCAAGUAACUCAGCAUAUGGGCCCCUACGAUGAAGAGGCACAGGUGGGCGGGCCAAACCCGUAUCACACUGGAAAUUCACUACACCCACAGUCAUCCCUUCGAAACAUCCAGUCAGCCGGUUCGGGGGCUGGCGGCCGAUCCACGGGCGUCAACCGGAACCGAUCACCGAGCAAUCCUUACCAGCAGCGAUAG